CCCCGAUGCCAAGCAUCUCUGAGUCGUCUCGCCUACCAUCUCUGCGACAAGUCUCCAUGUCAUCCUUCGGCCACGCCGCUGACUGGGACACUCAAAGCACCUCCUCGACACCAGCACUCGACUACGAGGCCACCGUGGACGACUUCAGUGCACCCAACCUCUUUGACUGGACCCCCACCUCGGACUCCACCCAACAAGAUUCCAUUCCCCCCAGAAGGUUUCGUCAAUCUUAUGACACAAGAAAUUGAGUCGGGGUUGGAUGUGCUGACGCAACAUCAAGGCAGUGGAACCAAGAGAGGUGGCAACUACCACCACGAUGAGGAUAUCCAGCUUUGCAGAUCUUGGAGCGACAUCACAACCGAUCCCAUCACUGCAAAUGACCAGUCGAGCAAGUCGUAUUGGGCAAGGAUCGCUGACCACUUCCACGACAACAAAUGUUUUGAGUCCGAUAGGACUGCUGCUUCGCUCGAGAAAAGAAUGGGAGGCAUACUGAAGGACUGCAUGAGAUUUCAAGGAUUCUACGACGAGAUCGAGCGUCGACAUCUAAGUGGUGUUCCUUACACUGAGCAUAUAAAAGAAGCUCAAGCUCGAUAUGCUCAAUGUGACUCCAAAAACAACUCCUUCGCCUUCAUCCACUACUCGUUGGAGGUUAGGCACACCGAGAAGUUCCUAUCUCCGCAAGAGACCAUGAAGCAAUCAAAGAGGCCAUGCACAUCAGACAAGCGUGCUACACCAGCUGAAGCUGAAGGAAAUGAAGGAGGUCAAGACUCGACACCAACUAACUCUUCCAUGCCUCCUGCCAAGCAAGGUCGACCUCCGAGUCGGAAACAGUCGAAGGAGAAGCUGAAGAGGAAUGGACGAGGAGUUGAUGAGUGCAUAGAGGUUUGGGGCAGCUUUGUUCAGAUGAAGGUGGAAGAAGCAAAACAAAAAGAAGAUAGAUGGAAAGAAUCAACCAGGCUUGGGGAGAGGAAGAUUGAAGAAAGUGCCAGGAUUGAGCAGAACGAAGCUUGAAGAAUCUACCAGGAUUGAGGAGAAGAAGCUAGAGAUAGAGGACGGCGGUUGAUGUGGGAGCAAGAGCAAAAGAUUAUGUUCUGUGAUCUCAGCUUGAUGGACGAGAGUCAGAGGGUCUAUGUUCGAGCAAUGAGGGCACAGAUUGCAGCUGCAAAGGUUGCCUCACUCAAUUCGGGGGCAAACGAGCAUGCCAGCGGGGCGGCUGGGGAUGACGUAAGCUCCGUGUGAUCCUUUUCCCGAGUGGAAGGCAGAGAUCCAAGUAGGCGCCCUGAAGGAGGAAGGGAAUCGUCGGCUGAUGAACGAAACUGAUGCUGCUUGGAUAUUAUUUUCAGUGAUUGUCAUGCAUGCAUCUCAUGACCCUGCAAGUUCUGAACAUUUCAUGCAGUGAUCUUCAGAGAAGCAGCUUCAGACAUGCUAUGUUUGGCCUAUUUUUACGUCAGGUUGUGCUGACACACUGAAGACUGAAAGUGUGACUUGUGUCUCGUUCAAGGAUUUACAUGUGAGAUAAUAUCCAAAAACAGUCAACAUGCAUCAAGUUUGGGCAACACCAGGAAGCACUGUAAAUCUUGCUGAACUAUACAAGGUGCUCAAGCUUGCUGACUCAGGCUAAAACAUGCCCAAUGGCAUACAACAAUUUUAAAUAAAAAACUACUGGUUCGAGUGCUUGGCAAUCUGCUGAUGACCUGCACCGUAAAUCUGCUGAUGACCUGGUUGGCACUGUAAAUCUGCUGAAAGUUCACUGAGACUAGGCAACUGGUUCGAGUGCUUCAAUCCAUGAAGAUGACACACCGGAAGCAUUUCCACUUCAGGAACAAUAGAAGCUUCUUUCCAUUUGAGAACACACUGGAAGCAUUUCCACUUCAGGAAAAUGUUCAUUCGAUAUCGACUUUGUUAAUACUGACCUGAGAAAAAUAACUAACUACAGGCUAGCCUCCUCUUUACUGACAGUGUUGCCUUUUCACAUUCAUAAGCUAGACCAAGUUGUAUUUCUACACACUGUUUUGUGCAGUUUGGACAGGACAAGCUAAUUACUAAUUCAGCA